AUGGCGGCCGACAGCCGAGAGGAGAAAGAUAUAGAACUUACUGUUCUAGAUGCUAUUGUGUCUGAAAUACCAGAACAGGAUGAUGAAAUCUAUAAUCCAGAGAGUGAACCAGAUAAAAAUGAGCAAAAGGGUUCAAAAAGAAAAAGGGACCGAAUGGAAUCUACUGACACAAAGCAACAAAAGCCUUCUGUUCUUUCAAGACAAUUGAUUUCUAAGCCACUGAGCUCAUCAGUCAGCAAUAACAAAAGAAUGGUUAGUACAGAAGGAAAGCCAGUCACAGAGUAUAAAAAUGAGGACUAUCAAAGAUCUGAAAGAUACAAACGUCUAGAAGCUGAUCGGAAGACUCGUUUCUCAAGUAGUGCCUCCAGAGAACCUUAUAAGAGUCAACCUGAGAAAACAUGUCUGCGGAAAAGGGAUCCUGAAAGGAGGGUCAAAUCCCCUACACCAGAUGGUUCUGAGAGAAUUGGGCUUGAAGUGGACAGACGUGCAAGCAGAUCCAGCCAGUCUUCUAAGGAGGAAGUGAACUCUGAAGAACAUGCCUCUGACCAUGAGACUGGCAGCAGUGGUUCUUCGGAUGAGCAAGGCAACAACACUGAGAAUGAGGAGGAAGGGGUGCAAGAUGUGGAGGAAGAUGAAGAGGUGGAUGACGAUGGAGAGGAGGAAGAGGAGGAAGAAGAAGAGGAAGAGGAGGAGGAGGAGGAGGAAGAAAAAGAGGAAGAGGAGGAGGAGGAGGAGGAGGAAGAAAAAGAGGAAGAGGAGGAGGAGGAGGAAGAGGAGGAGGAGGAAGAAGAAUAUGAACAGGAUGAGAGAGACCAGAAGGAAGAGGGAAAUGAUUAUGACACCCGAAGGGAGGCUAUCGACUCUCUUUCCUUCACGGAUGGGCCUGUCAGAUCUGGUUCAGGAACAGAUGGAUCAGAGGAGAAAAAGAAGGAAAGGAAGAGAGCUAGAGGCGUAUCUCCUACUGUUUUUGAUACAAGUGGAAGCUCUGCAUCAGAGUCAUAUGCAGAUCAAACCAGUAAACUCAAAUAUGUCCUACAGGAUGCGAGAUUUUUUCUCAUAGAGAGUAACAGCCAUGAGAAUGUGUCCCUUGCCAAAGCUAAGGGUGUAUGGUCUACACUGCCAGUAAAUGAGAAGAAAUUAAAUGCUGCAUUCAGAUCUGCAAGGAGUGUUCUCUUAAUAUUUUCUGUGAGAGACAGUGGAAAAUUUCAAGGAUUUGCAAGACUCUCUUCAGAAUCACACCAUGGAGGAUCUCCUAUACAUUGGGUACUUCCAGCAGGAAUGAACGCUAAAAUGCUGGGAGGUGUCUUUAAAAUUGACUGGAUUUGCAGGCGUGAAUUACCCUUCACUAAGUCGGCUCAUCUCACCAAUCCUUGGAAUGGACAUAAGCCAGUAAACAUCGCACGUGAUGGACAGGAAAUUGAACUUGAAUGUGGAAACCAGCUUUGUCUUCUAUUUCCCCCUGAUGAAUGUAUUGACUUGCAUCAGGUCGUUCAUAAAAUGCCUCACAAGAGAAGAAUGCAUUCUCAGCCCCGGUCAAGAGAUCGUCCAUCCCGUCGAGAACCAGUCCGGGAUGUGGGAAGGCGUCGACCAGAUUAUGAUAUUCAUAACAGCAGAAAGAAAGCAAGGAUUGACUAUGCCCCUGAGUUUCAUCAGACACCAGGGUAUUUAAAGGAUCCACGAUACCAGGAAGUAGAUAGACGGUUUUCAGGAGUUCCCCGAGAUGUGUUUUUAAAUGGGUCCUACAAUGAUUAUUUGAGGGAAUUUCAUAACCUGGGACCACCAGCACCUCGGCGAGGAAUGACUCCUUAUCCUGGAAUGGAACAACCUCCACACCAUCAGCACCAUGCUCCACCUCCUCAAGCUCAUCCCCCCUACUCAGGACAUCACCCAGUACCACAUGAAGCAAGAUACAGAGAUAAACGACUACAUGAUUAUGAUAUGAGGGUGGAUGAUUUCCUUCGUCGAACACAAGCUGUUGUCACCGGUCGGAGAAGUAGACCUCGUGAAAGAGAUCGGGAGCGAGAGCGAGAUCGCCCUAGAGAUAACAGAAGAGACAGAGAACGAGAUAGAGGACGUGAUAGAGAACGAGAAAGAGAGCGAUUAUGUGAUCGGGACAGAGACCGAGGGGAGAGAGGUCGAUAUAGAAGAUAA